AUGUACGGAGGAGCCCCCAAGAAUUGAUGCUGCCAACCUCGCUUUCGAAGAAGACUUCUUCUUGAGGAGGAGAAGUCCUUGCCGCUGCAAAUAUCCAUCUACUCUGAGAAUCCUCUGCCCUUUGUGCUCGGAGAAGAAGGAUCAGCCCUGCACUGCGAUGUCGUCGUGGAUACUAGCAGGCUUGGGAUCGCUCGGAGAGGCCUUCAUCGGGAGCUUGAUAGAAAAGAUCAGCGACGAUACGAUCCCAAGAUUGUCGGAGGUGUUCGGAGUCGGAGCUAAGCCCGGAGACGGAACUGACCUCCUCAAGCUGAAGACUACUCUUACCGGGACUAAGCACAUCAUCGGCAGAGUCGAGAACAUGUGGAUUAAAGACGAAGACACGAAAAAGCAAUUGAAGGAAUUGGUGAUGGAACUGAAGGACACUGCUUAUGACGCUGAGGACUUGCUUGACGAGAUCCAGUUCCGGGUUCUGAACAAACAGAUGGAGCAACAAGGAGCUCAGGGUGAUGAGGCAAGUAACCAAUCUUCUUCUUCUUCUUCCGGUCUCUUUCCUUGGAAAAAGAUGAAAAUUUCGGUUCCUAAAUUUACCAGUCGCUUCUUCGGUAGAGAAGAUGAUGUGAAAAGAGUGAGGGAAAAUCAGAUGAAGUUAGAUAAAAUCACUACUUGCAUCGAGGAUCUCAUUACUACAUUAGAUGCUGAUGAGAGACAGAUGAUAACGUCAGUAGUGCCCCGAACCACCACUUCCUUUCCGCUAGAAACUCAAGUAUUCGGACGAGAGGAACAGCUGAAUCAACUUCUGGGACUGUUGGUGCAAUCUGCCGACGGAUCCGGAUCUAGCGACAGUGGCAUCUCUACCUUAACUAUUGUUGGGAUCGGAGGGGUCGGAAAGACUACUCUUGCUCAGCAAGCCUACAACCACGAGAGUGUGAAGGACUAUUUUCAGCAUGAGGUCUGGGUCUGUGUAUCAUACAACUUCAACGUGGAAAGGCUUACCAAAGAGAUCAUAGAAUCCAUAACCGAGAAUAAGUGUGAUCUCAGCAACCUUGAUACACUUCAAGUGGUUCUUAAGAAGAACUUGACCUCAAAAAGGUUCCUGCUUGUCCUCGACGAUGUGUGGAACGAGGACAGUCUGAAAUGGGAAAGAUUUUGUGCACCAUUGAGGUACGGAGAACCAGGAAGCAAGAUUUUGGUUACAACUCGCUCUAAAAAGAUUGCAGAAAUGGUUGGCAAUCCGAUCCCUCUAGGAGGUCUGGAUGAAGCCAGCUAUUGGAAAUUGUUCAAGAAAUGCGCAUUUGGUUCCGAAGACGCCGGUGAAUUUCCACAGCUAGAAGCCAUAGCAAAGAAGAUCGCUGGCAGGUUGAAGGGGUUGCCACUUGCGGCAAGGACGGUAGGCGGGUUGUUGAAGGUGCAGAUGAACGAGAAGCACUGGAGAAACAUCGCAGGGAGUGAAAUAUGGCAACUACCGCAAGACGAAGAGGGUGUCCUGCCAGUCCUACAACUGAGUUAUCGAUGUCUUCCCACACACCUUAAGCGGUGCUUUGUUUUUUGUUCCCUGUUCCCCGAAGAUUGUCGAUUUUAUGAACCAGACUUGAUUCGGCUUUGGAUGGCAGAAGGCUACGUUGCUCAAGACAAUAUGACGCUUGAGGCUGUAGGAAGUGGUUACUUCCGUGAGUUAGUGAACAGGUCUUUCUUUCAGGAAGCUCAUUGGGGAUCGGCAUAUGUGAUGCAUGAUCUCAUACACGAUCUUGCUCAAUUUAUUUCAGAGGGAGAGUUUUGCAGGAUCGAUGAUGAUGAGUCGAAAGAGAUCCCUAAUACGAUUCGUCAUCUGUCGGCAACAUUAACCGAUAAAACUAAGUUAAUAGAGUUCUCCUGUUAUGAGAAAUUACGGACCCUCAUGAUCAAUUAUAAAAGUCAUUGGUAUGGCAUUGGAGUCGAGGGCUCUUUGUUCCUUCGGUUUGAAAGAUUAAAAAACAUUCGAGUGUUGAUAUUACAGAGGUGUGGCUUGCGGGAGUUGCCUGAGACAAUUGGUGGCUCGAUACACCUCCGCUACCUUGACAUAUCCCACAACUUUUACUUUAGGAGGCUGCCGGAGUCAUUAUGUGGUCUUUACAAUUUGCGAGUACUGGAUCUGUGGGGCUGUGAACUACAGAGUUUCCCGCACGGCAUGAGUAAGUUGAUCAACUUGAUGCAUCUUAAUGCAGAAGACAAAAUAAUUUCCGAGAUAAAUGAUGUUGGGAAGCUGACUUCUCUUCAAGGACUGUGUUCAUUUAAAGUACUCAAGGAUCAGGGACACGAGGUUGCCCAAUUAGGCGGUCUGAAACAACUUCAUGGACAACUUCGAAUUACCAACCUCGAGAACGUUGAGAGUAAACAAAAAGCAGGCAUGGCUAAUCUGAACAACAAACAGUACCUUGAUGAACUAGUCUUAGAAUGGACAUCAGAUGAUGGCUCCAGUUUGGACGGCAAUGAAUUAGUUGUGUCGGAGGAGGUACUUGAAGGUCUCCAACCACAUCAGGCUCUCAAACGUUUGACGAUCAGAGGGUACAUUGGUGUCAGAUCACCCAGUUGGCUGCAGACACAAUUGUUAGCGAACCUGAUAACUCUUGAUCUAUACAACUGCAAAGCAUGGGAGGAUAUUUCAUGUAUUGGACAGCUACAGAAUCUCAAGAAACUUUACGUGAAGGGAAUGCCUGCAGUGAAACAAAUAAGUCAUGGAUUAAGUACAGAGAGCAAGUUCUUGCCUAAUCUGGAAGAGCUAGUGCUGGAGAACAUGGUGGCAUUGGAGGAACUCCCGAGUCUUGGACUACUGCCGUGUCUUAAGGUACUUCGCAUCGAUCAAAUGUCAACAAUGACGAAGGUGGGCCACGGGUUCUUUGGUUAUAGAGAUCAAGGCAAGUGUUUUCCUUGCUUGGAGGAGCUCAGGUUCAGCGGCAUGCCAAAAUGGGAAGAGUGGUCUUGGGCUGAAGGUCGAGAGCUGUUUCCCUGCUUGCGAAAACUUGAGAUUAUAUGGUGCCCGAGGCUUAAGAGGAUGCCUCCCCUCCCUCCUUCACUUAAAUCACUGUCAUUAUGUGAAGUCGGGACGAUCGAAGUUCCAAGAUUAUGGGCAGAAAUCGAUGGAAGUAGUAGCAGUAUGACCGUUUCAGAAUUGAAAUUAUAUAGUCUUGAAAAGGUCGUGCUGGAGGACAUCCCAGAAUGUGAGGGACUCCCUUGUCUUGGACAACUGCCGAGUCUCAAGGUUCUUCGCAUCGAGAGAAUGCCAGCAGUGAAGAUGGUGGGCGAUGGAUUCUUUGGUUCUAGAGAUGAAAGCAAGUGUUUUCCUAGCUUGGAGGAGCUCACGUUCAGGGACAUGCCACAAUGGGAAGAGUGGUCUUGGGCUGAUGGCCGAAAGCUAUUUCCCUGUUUGCGAAAACUUGAAAUUGAAAGAUGCCCAAGGCUUAAGAGGAUGCCUCCCCUCCCUACUUCAGUCGAGUCACUGUCAUUAUGUCAAGUCGGGUUGACAGAAGUUCCAAGAUUGUGGGAAGAAAUCGAUGGAAGUAGCAGCGGUAUGACCGUUUCAGAAUUGAAAAUAUAUAGUCUUGAAGAGAUCAAGCUGGAGGACAUCCCAGAAUGUGAGGAACUCCCUUGUAUUGGUCAACUGCCGAGUCUCAAGGUUCUUCGCAUCCAGAGAAUGCCAGCAGUGAAGAAGGUGGGUUAUGGAUUUUUUGGUUCUAGAGACGAAAGCAAGUGUUUUCCUAGCUUGGAGGAGCUCACGUUCAGGGACAUGCCACAAUGGGAAGAGUGGUCUUGGGCUGAUGGCCGACAGCUGUUUCCCUGCUUGCGAAAUCUUGACAUUGUAAGAUGCCCGAGGCUUAAGAGGAUGCCUCCCCUCCCUCCUUCAGUUGAGUCACUGUCAUUAUGUCAAGUCGGGUUUACAGAAGUUGCAAGAUUGUGGGAAGAAAUCGAUGGAAGUAGCAACAGUAUGACUGUUUCAGAAUUGAAAAUAUAUAGUCAUGAAGAGAUCAAGCUAGAGGACAUCCCAGAAUGUGAGGAACUCCCUUGUCUUGGGCAACUGCCGAGUCUCGAGGUUCUUCGCAUCGAGAGAAUGACAGCAAUGAAGAAGGUGGGCGAUGGAUUCUUUGGUUCUAGAGACCAAGGCAAGUGUUUUCCUAGCUUGGAGGAGCUCACGUUCAGGGACAUGCCACAAUGGGAAGAGUGGUCUUGGGCUGAUGGCCGUCAGCUGUUUCCCUGCUUGCGAAAACUUCAAAUUGAAAGAUGCCCGAGGCUUAAGAGGAUGCCUCCCCUCCCUCCUUCAGUUAAGUCACUGUCAUUAUGUCAAGUCGGAUUGACAGAAGUACCAAGAUUGUGGGAAGAAAUCGAUGAAAGUAGCAGCAGUAUGACUGUUUCAGAAUUGAAAAUAUAUAGUCUUGAAGAGAUUAAGCUGGAGGACAUCCCAGAAUGUGAGAGACUCCCUUGUCUUGGUCAACUCCCGAGUCUCAAGGUUCUUCGCAUCCAGAGAAUGCCAGCAGUGAAGAAGGUGGGCGAUGGAUUCUUUGGUUCUAGAGACCAUGGCAAGUGUUUUCCUAGCUUGGAAGUGCUCACGUUCAUCAACAUGCCAGAAUGGGAAGAGUGGUCUUGGGCUGAUGGCCGACAGCUGUUUCCCCGCUUGCGAAAUCUUGAAAUUAAAAGAUGCCCGAGGCUCAAGAGGUUGCCUCCCCUCCCUCCUUCACUUGAAACAUUAGAAAUAGAUGAAGUCGGAUUGACAGAACUGCCAGGGUUAUGGGAAGGAAUCCAUGGAGGCGGCAGUUGCAUAACUGCUUCUCUUUCAACAUUGAGAAUACGAAAAUGUCCAAAUCUAAGAAAUCUGGAAGAGGGGUUGCUAUCGCACAGCUUACCAAAUAUCCGUUACAUUGAGAUUGCGGAAUGUGCGGAACUCAAGUGGCAACCGGUGAAGGGGUUUAAAGAACUCACCUCCCUUGCGGCAUUGUCAAUCUGCAGUUGCCCGAAUCUCAUGGGUAUGACGCGAGAUUGGGCAAUUGACAUCCUCCUCCCUCCCUCAAUCGAGGAACUAGUGCUGUCUGACUGUGGGAAUCUGGGAAAAUUGCUACCGGGCUGCCUGCACAACUUGACCUCACUCACUCGAUUGGAAAUAGGCGACUGCCCGUCCAUAGAAUCUCUUCCAGAAACGUCGCUGCUUCACCUGAAACGACUUCAAUCUCUGAGCAUUUGGCACUGUGAUGAGUUGAGAUCAAUAGACGGGUUGCGAGUUCUGGAAUCCCUCAGAGAAUUGACCAUCAAAUUAUGUCCCAAGCUGUUGCUGAAUGAAGGGAAUGAGCAAGUGGAGGGUUCGUCGGUAACUGAAUUAUACAUCGACGACACAGCCCUGUUCAAACUAUCGCUCUUAAGAAGGACACUUCCAUCCGUCCAUGCUCUCACAAUCUCAAACUUUCCUCGAGCGACGAUGUCUGAUGAGGAGGAGCAGUUGUUGCGAAGCCUCGCAGCUCUCAAAUGGCUAGAAUUCGAGGAUUGCAAGAAUCUACAAUCGCUACCGAGAGAGUUGCAUGUCCUUCCCUCCCUCCGGCUUCUAGCAAUAAUUGGAUGUCCGGAGAUUCAGGCGCUACCUGAGAAGGGGCUUCCGACGUCCCUCAGCAAUCUACAUUUCGAAGACUGCCAUCCGAGGCUGACGGAGCAGCUGCAAAAGCACUUGGCCGAGAUUAAGAGCUCGGGUCGAUUGGCGAUACGUGAAGAUACAUGGAGUAGCUUGGGUUAUGGUUUUAAGAAGCUUGCAAGAUGGAAGUUACGUCAAACAGCAUUGCACUUUUAGAUUUCUUUGUAUAUGUGCUAUUUGGAUUUGAAUAUUAUGAAUUUUUAAGGAGUUAUUGAAUUUGUCGUAUGUGUUGUGAGUGGAUUGAUUGUAAAUUGAAAUAUGUAAUAAAUAUUAUAUGAAAAUUAUUUGUUUAGAUUUUUCAUCUUA